AGGGAAACAAUCGCCAGACUCGCAACAGCGCAUGAGUACGGCUGAACUUAGCAGCGAGGAACAGCUGUCAUUCGAAAACAAUUUCCCAGUUUAUUCGACUGUUUGCAAGAUACUGUUACAGGGAAUUACACACCACUUUCAUGAUUGUUGAGUUGUUGAACAAACGCGAAGAAUGCCGAAGGUAUGUGCUGUGCCCAAUUGUGGAACUGGGACCAAAGUAGUGGAGGAGAAAAGGUCACUGUUCAGGGUGCCCAGCGAUGAGGAGCAGAGGAAAAAAUGGGAGGCUGCUAUUCCGGGGAUGGGACAGUUAAAAUCAAGCCAGUCAAUUUGUGAGAGACACUUUCUGAAGGAGGAAGUACACAAGAAGUGGAUCAAAUACGAUGACAAAGGACAUGUCAUUGCCCAGUAUGACUAUCCUCGACCUCGUCUGGAGGCCAAGGCAAUACCCUGCAUCUUCACAGAUGAGGAAUCAAUUGGCCCUUCAGACCCUUGGUCCCUGUAUGAACGGCUGACAUAUGGAACUGUUGGUGCUACUGUUUUGAGGAACAGCAAUAAAAACCCAGUCGGUAGGAAUGAGACAAAGAGAGACACAAUACAGGAGGUUUACUUCACUGGAGAACAUUCUUAUUGUCGACCUCAGUUUGACAGAGCAGAUGCUACUGACAAUACUCUUGACAGUCGGCAAAAUGCAAAUCUUCAGAAUACAGAGAAUCGUAAGGAGACAGCUCCUACAUCGGAACAGUCCAAGAAUGAAGUGAUAAAUCCUUCGCAAAAUCCCUUACAAACGGAUUCUGUUACAACUUGUGAUGUAGCGAAAGCUGAGACUGUCACACCUGAGAUCAAAAACAUCUAUACAGUAGCCCAAAAAAAGAAGGGUAAACCGCUCAAAUUUGAUCUUGGAGGUGUUUUCGAAAGUGGAAAUAAAUUAGUGAGGCUUCCAUACAUGUGGUGUUUGAGUGAAGUAAUAACCCAAGAAGGUAAACAAAUAAUCUUUUCCCACGUGAUCCUCGCCUCUCACAACAACGUGGAGGCUCCAGUGCUGAAACACUCGGUCGUAAUUAACGACAGAAGUGGUAACAUUGAUUACUACGCCCAUGGGAAAUUGGUGGAUAUCAGCAAUACGAAAUUGCCGAGAAAAGUCGAGGACAUUGUGUCUUUGCAGAUAACUCUCUAUACGUUCCAAAAAAUGCGAGUUUGUGGGGGCAUCACUCGCUUGAUCAAAUCACGUGAGCCCGGCAAUAAGGAUAUCUAUCAGGACCUCCUGCAGUCCUGGCGUCACAACGAUUGUAAGAUACUUGUGGACCGAGGAAAAUGCGAAUUGUGCUCGAAAAUGCAGAAGAUAUUUGUCCAGCAACGAAGACGAGCUAAGAAAAGUAGCAGCUCUCUGAGAAUUUCAACCUCGUGGGAUCCGAAGGACCAAGUUGCUGUUUUGAAGAAGAAACUGGCGAUGGAGAAGAGAAAGAGGAUUCACGCACAGGCUCAAGCGAGGAAGCUGACUGGGGCUUCUAAGGAGAACGGCGUUCAAGUCCCAUUUGUUAAAGAUAUCCCGUUAUAAUCCAACUCCUUAUUUUUCCCUGACUUUCCAUGUUUCCUUCACAAAACUUGGAUCGAUAAGUCAAUAACAGUUAUCAGUAGCGAUGAAGAAUGGUUUGGAUGACAUAUGAAAAUUCAUUGUAAUAAAGGACACAUGAUUUUUGUA